UAAUCGCUAAUAACAAUUCUCCAUGUCUUUCUCUGUUGUAAUGCAGUCCAAUGUAUUGUGUACUGAAGAUUACAAAUUGUAAUUAAAAUCUGAUUACAAAUAAAUUUCCUCCACUACACAAACUGCGAUGGAAGAAAACAGAGAGCAAAUUCUAGCUGAUUUUCAAUCAUGCACAGGAAUUGAUGAUUUAGGAGAAUGUAUAAUGCACCUGGAGGCUUCUAAUUGGGAUUUAUUGAAUGCAGUCAACAGUGUGUUACUUGAUCCGCAAGUUCUUUCAUUUGAAAGAGAUAUUGAAGUUCCCAUGGAAUUUUCUGUUAGUGGUAACAGUGUUGGUAGGGAACAAAAUACAAUCAAUCAAAGCAUUGCUGCUCCUGGUAAUUUACUAUCCAUGCCAACCUCUGAUGAAUUGCAGUUGGUAUCUCGACUGCUGAAUUUUUCUGUCCAAUAUAAAGAAAAUGUGGUUCCUUUAGAAGUUCCCGACUCUGAGACUGUUGCUGCUAUAAAGUCAGCUUUACAUGCUGAAUUAGGAGUUCCUCCAUGUAGACAACAACUUUCAGGUUGGAGGCACAUGACAGGUUUCACUGAUCUCAUUACAGAUGAUACUGUUCUUUCAACAAUGCAUUUACCUCAACGUUCAAACUUGUUCCUCCUUGCUCCUGAUCACUCGGUAACUGUUGAUCCAUCUAGCCUUGGUAAUCGUUUAAGUGCUGAUUAUCGACUUCACAUUAUUGAUACAACAAAUAAUAAAGAAUAUGAUUUACACUUUCCGGGAUCAAAAUCUGUUUUAGAGAUAAAACAAGGUCUGAGAGAUGUUACAAACAUUCCAGUUCGACAUCAGCGUUGGGUUGGAUGGCCAGACUCAGUAAAAGAUGAAAAUACUAAACUUGCUGACAUGGACCUUCCUGAUGCUACGUUAGAACUAAUUCUUUGUCGUGAAGAGGUUCCUAAAACAAAUUCUAAGAAACAGUUAGUUGUUGAUCUUACUUCAAGUGAAAGUGAAAAUGAAUUUGAAGAUGCUGCUGAAUGUUUUGGGGUUGAUGAUGAUAUGUUUCAAGCUAGUUCUUCUAGAAAAAUACAACCACUGAUGCCUGAAGAGGUUGAAGAUGAAGUUCUAGCUCUGAGCAGUUUUGAAGCAGAAUUUGAAAAUAGAUAUGGUACUUGCCAUCCCUCUUUUCAAGGUACUUUAGCAGAAGCACUCCAAGUGUCUUGUUACAAACCUGCUAAAGAGAGGAGACCAUUAGCUAUAUACCUCCACCAUGAUGCUAGUGUUUUAACAAAUGUUUUCUGCACUCAACUUUUAUGUACUGAAACUGUAGUCAGUUACUUGACUUUAAAUUUUGUUACAUGGGCAUGGGACCUUAGUUUUGAAUCCAACAAAACAUUCUUGCUUGCGAUUCUCUCUCAACAUCUUGGAAUGCCAGCAGCGAAUACUGUGAAAAACUUAGCUCUAGAUUCUUUACCUGCCCUCUUGAUUAUUUCAAAAGUGAGAUCUUCUCCAGAAGUUCUAACUGUGAUUCCAGGAAAUGUUGGCUUAGAUGACCUUAUGACUCGCCUAAUCCAUGCUGUAGAAGUGUUUAACAGUGAGGUACAAUCAGAAAUUUUUGAAGAAGAAGCCAGAGAGGCACGGGAGAAAGUAAAACGAGAGCAAGAUGCUGCUUAUGAAGCUUCUCUCCUAGCUGACAGAGCAAAAGAGGAGGCUCGAAGACAAGAGUUUGAAGAAAAAAUGAAACAAGAAGAAGAAGAACUAAUGAAAAAAGAAGAAUUAGAGUUAAUGCGACAACAUGAAGAAGCUGUUAAAGAUGCUGUCAGAAGAUCUUUAGCAGAACAACUACCUCCAGAACCACCUGCUAACACUUCCUCUAAAGUGAGUCAUAUAAGAGUCAGAUUACCCAACGGGGAGACUCUGAUUCGGAGUUUCACAGCUGACACACCCUUAUCACUACUAUUAACGUAUAUUGCCUCCCAAGGCUAUCCCAUUGCAGAGUACAAAGUGCUGGCUAGCUGGCCUCGCCGAGAUCUCACCACACUAAAUGAAAACGAAACAUUAGAAGAGUUAAAACUAUAUCCAAAAGAAACACUAACACUGGAAGAGAGAUGAACUAGUGCUCACUAUAAACUAAUUAUUAUAAGACGCUUAUUUCUUACCUUAGAAAGAGCGUAAUGACAUCUAAGCCACCUGCUGCAAAGAUAAAGUUUUUACUUGUGAUGCCCAUUCUAAAAUAACUAUACAAGCAAUCUGAUCUGCGAAUUUUAGGAAAUGAAGUAGAUCACAUUGAUUUCCAUAGAGGGAAAAAACUGUUUUGUUAAAUUUUAAUAUUUAUUUUUUAAAGUUUUAUUCUUUUGAUCAAAAUUUGUUUAUGCUUUUGUAUCUAUUUUUUUUGGCUGUAUACAACAGCUGAUACUAAAUUAUAAGGAUUGUAUGCAUGUAGAUAUAUAUACAUAUUAUAUAUAUAUAAGUCACAUUUUACUAUCUCACUUUGUAAUAUGUGUAUAAAAUAUAAAUAAUGACUCAAA